AUGACCUUCACCGUCACAGCCCUGCUCUGUCUGGGACUGACUCUGGGCCUCAGGACCCCAGUGCUGGCAGGGGCCCUCCCUAAGCCUAUCCUCAAGGUACAGCCAGACUCAGUGGUCUACAAGCAGACUACAGUGACCUUCAUGUGUGUGGAGACCACAGGGGCCAAAAAGUACGAUCUGUAUAAAGAUGGAAAACAACUUCUAAGGCACAGAGAGAUUCUACAGAAUCCUAAAAACAAGGCUGAAUUCUCAAUCUCAAAAAUAGACCCCAAUCAUGCAGGGCAAUAUCAAUGUCGCUAUCAGGCUCAUGAUGAAUGGUCAGAGUUCAGUGACUCCCUGGAGCUGAUGGUGACAGGAGCACACAGUAAACCCAGCCUGUCAGCCCAGCCCAGCCCUGUCGUGUCUGAGGCAGGACAUGUAACCCUCCAGUGUGUCUCAAAACAACGAUACCACAGGUUCAUUCUGACUGGGAAAGGAACACGGAAUAUCUCCCAAAUGCUGGAUUCAGAGUAUAACUACUCUACUCGGUACUACAAGGCCCUGUACUCUGUGGGCCCUGUGACCUCCAGCCAAAGGUGGAUAUUCAGAUGCUAUAGCAAUUACCUGAGAAGCCCGUUGGUAUGGUCAGAACCUAGUGACCCUCUGGAGCUCCUGUUCUCAGGGAUCCUCCACAAACCCACCAUCAAAGCUGAGCCAGGCUCUGUGGUUACCCCAGGAAGUCCCAUGACCAUUGGGUGUCAGGAGGAUGCAGAAAUAUAUGUUCUGCAUAAAGAGGGAAGCCAAAAUGCCCGGGGCACACAGACCCCAGAAAAGUCUGAGAACAAGGCCAAGUUCUCCAUCCCUUCUGUGACACAGCAACAUGAGGACAAUAAAAACCAGCUGCUCAAUCACUAGCCUGUCACCUUCCCUCUAGGCCUCUCCAAGAAGCCCUCCUUGCUGACUCACCAAGGACAUAUCCUGGACCCUGGGAAGAGCCUCACCCUGCAGUGUUGUUCUGACACCAACUAUGACAGAUUUGCUCUAUACAAAUUAGGAGGAGGUAACUUCACCCAGAAUGGUGUCCAGUGGACCCAGGAUGGCCUCUCCUUGGCCAACUUCACACUGGGCUCUGUGACCCCCUUUACUGGAGGCCAAUACAGAUGCUAUGGUGCACAAAACUUCUCCUCCGAGUGGUCAGCCUCCAGUGACCCCCUGGACAUCUUGAUCACAGGACAGCUUCGCUUCAGUCCUUCCCUCUCAGUGAAGCCUAACUCCACAAUAAACUCUGGAGACAACGUGACCCUGCUGUGUCAGUCAACAGACCAGGUGGACACUUUCAUUCUGUCCAAGGAGGGAGCAGACCAACAACCCCAGAGACUAAAAUCAAAGUCUGAACCUUGGGAGUUCCAUGCAGAAUUCUCCAUGAGUGCUGUGACCUCUGACCUCUCAGGCACCUACAGGUGCUAUGGAUCUCACGACUCAUCUCCCUACCUGCUAACACAAGCCAGUGCCCCUGUGGAGCUCACGGUCUCAGGACUCAUUGGAACCUCCAGCCCACCACCCUCAAAGUCCAUGCCAACAGCUGGACUGGAAGGGUACCUGAGGGCUCUGGUUGGAGUUUCUGUGGCCUUCCUCCUGUUCCUCUUCAUCCUCAUCUUCCUCCUUCUCCGACGAAGGCAUCAGGGAAAAUUCAGGAAGGAUGCCCAGAAAAAUACGGAAUUGCAACUGCCUACAGGAGCUGUAGAGCCACUAAGCAGAGACAGAGGCUCCCAGAAGAGAUCCAAUCCAGCUGCUGCCACCCAGGAAGAAAUCCUUUAUGCUUCAGUGGAGGACACACAGGCUGAGGAUGGUGCCAAGUUGGACAGUUGGAGACCAGCUGAGGGAGACCCCCAGGGAGAGACAUAUGCCCAGGUGAAAGGCUCCAGGGUCAGGAGGGCAGGAGCUGUCCUUCCUUCUGUCAUAUCAGGAGAAGUCCUGGACACCAAAGAUGGACAAGCAGAAGAUGACAGAGAGAUGGACAGUCAGGCUGCUGAAUCCAAGGAGCCCCAGGAUGUAACCUAUGCCCAGCUGUUUAUCAGGUCACUCAGAGAGGGAACAGCUGCACCUCCUCCCUCCCAGGCAGGAGAAGCCCCAGAGGAGUCCACUGUAUAUGCUGCUCUGGCAGUCACUCAACCGGGUUCUGUUCCCAGUAACAAGGAGCAAUGACCAUAUGACUGCUGGGAGACAUAACAGAGACCUCCAAGGGGUUCUGUGAACUUUUGGGAA